ACCAUCAGGCCGGAGGCCAUCAGCCAAGAAAAGAUCACACACUAUCCAUCCAGAACUGAAAAUGAGCGGCGCGGCGGUGAAGGUGAUCGGCGCUUUCGACAGCCCGUACAGCCACCGCGCGGAGGCGGCCCUGCGCCUCAAGGGCGUGCCCUACGAGUUCAUCCCCGAGGACCUGAGCAACAAGAGCGAGCUGCUGCUCAAUAGCAACCCCAUCCACAAGAAGGUGCCCGUGCUCCUCCACGGCGGCCGCGCCGUCCCGGAGUCGCUCCUCAUCGUCGAGUACGUCGACGAGGCCUUCCCCGGGCCGCCGCUCCUCCCCGCCGACCCAUUCGACCGCGCCACCGCCCGCUUCUGGGCCCGCUUCCUCGACGACAAGUGCUCGACGCCGUUCUGGCUGUCGCUGUGGACGGAGGGCGAGGUGCAGGAGGGGUUCGUGAAGGAGAUCAAGGAGAACCUGAAGCUGCUGGAGGGGCAGGUGAAAGGGAAGCGCUUCUUCGGCGGCGACGCCGUGGGGUACCUCGACAUCGCCGCCAGCGGGUUCGCGCACUGGCUGCCGGUGCUCGAGGAGGUGGCCGGCGUGAGCCUGGUCACCGACGAGGAGUUCCCGGACCUGUGCCGGUGGGGGCAGGAGUACGCCUCCCACGAGGUGGUAAAGCAGUGCCUGCCGGACAGGGAGAAGCUGCUCGCCCGUUUCACCGCGAAUAAGGACUUGUUCGUGGCCACGGCCAAGUCCAUGGCGCCCAAGUAAAAAUCGUGCCUGCACAUGCUACGAAGUGUGUAUGCGCUUGAACCCAAAAAAUGUGUCGUCGGUAGAUGUUGAAUUUGCGGGCGUGGAUAACGUAUUGUAGCAAGCGGUCACGAGUCAUCUCAUUCUCACGCACUGUGGACGUGUCUUGGUUUGCCUGAAUAAAAACACAGCGCCUUUUGUCUUGCU